AGUCAAUCCGUGCGACCCGGUUCUCUUUCUCUCUCUCUCUCUCUCUCUCUGUGCCCAUACAACUACAGAAUCGAGACGGGUUUUUCAUCUUUAGCGUCGGUUUCUUCCUCCUUCGUACGCUUCUCGUCGCGUGGGGGCAGCGAGAUAGUCUUCGUGCUUCGACACCCAUCUUUGCAGUUCUCCGUUCCCCGUUCGUUUUGGUUCGGUGGAGCCGGUAAAGAAGUAGAUGGUAGGUGACAGGGGGCGCCAGUGAGCGGUGGAGGCUGAAUUAUAUGGACAAUUUAUGCUGCUUCAAGUCUGUAUAUUCUCAGCUUGUAGGAGGGCGUUCCUCAUGUAACUCAGGCAAGGGAAGGAGCCGUCAGAGCCCCUUCAAAUAUGGAUUUAGCUUAAUAAAAGGGAAAGCAAAUCAUCCCAUGGAAGAUUACCAUGUUGCGAAAAUUGUUCGGAGCCACGGACGUGAACUUGGUCUUUUUGCCAUCUUUGAUGGGCAUCUAGGAGAUAGCGUUCCUGCGUACCUACAGAAGCAUCUCUUCCAAAAUAUCCUGACAGAGCAAAACUUUUGGACGGAUCCCAGCCGAUCUAUUGCUAGAGCCUAUGAGAAAACAGAUCAAGCAAUCUUGUCACACAAUCCUGACCUAGGACGUGGUGGGUCCACAGCAGUCACUGCAAUCCUUGUAAAUGGGCGCAAGUUAUGGGUUGCAAAUGUUGGAGAUUCCCGAGCUGUACUUUCAAGGAAAGGGCAGGCAGUACAAAUGUCUACAGACCAUGAGCCUAACACUGAGCGAGGCAGCAUUGAGGACAGAGGUGGAUUCGUCUCGAACAUGCCAGGAGAUGUUGCAAGAGUGAAUGGCCAGUUGGCAGUGUCUCGUGCUUUUGGAGACAAGAACCUCAAAUCGCACUUGCGGUCUGAUCCCGAUAUACAAAGCACUGACAUCAACCAAGACACUGAUUUUCUCAUCCUUGCGAGUGACGGUCUAUGGAAGGUCAUGUCUAAUCAAGAGGCGGUCGACAUUGCUCGGAGGAUGAAGGACCCUUUGAGGGCGGCCAAGAGCCUUGCGGCUGAAGCAGUAAAUAGAGAUAGUAAGGACGACAUAUCCUGCGUCGUUGUUCGUCUAAAGGCGUAGCACCAAAAGCUUGUAUAUUAUCGAUAUAGGGGAAAAAAUGGCGCUUGGUGCGGUUGUUGCCAUGAGCCCACCGGUUCAUAAUCCAGCAUAAGUUUGGAGAAAAAAAUGAUUUCGGAUUAGGUGAUAACUUGCGAAUUUAACAUUCUGUAAGUCAUACAUAAUGUUACUGCACUUGUGUGUGCGGCUUGCUGUUGGUUUGUUCCUUCCAAUAUGUAGGUUCAUUUGCAAUUCGUGCUUGUAAUUUGCUCAUACCUUCCGAAGCUGUGCGAAUACAUAAGUGGAUUUAUUUAUUUAUAGAAUGAGUGUUGUUAUAUGGCAA